AUGAUACAUAUUAUAGAACAGAAACGUGUCAGUCCCCAGGUGGACCCAGAUGUCACUGUUUGCUCUGUAUCGUCAGACGAAGACAUAUAUCAGAACCCAGCUGACGUCAUACUCACACACGCAAACAAAAAAUCACACCUAGCACGCCGAAAUGUAGCAGACUACGGUGAUGAUUUACUACAACACCUAGAAGAGAGUUCGUGGACCCAAGGCCAUGCUGAAAUUUUGCGAUGCUUUGAACAACCGGAGCAGGCCCAACAAGACUUAGGCGAUUCCUUCUCUAUCGAUUCAAACCUUAGAUCAUUAACUUUUGAGAUGGAAACACCCAAUUGCCCACUCUACAACUACUUUGGGAACAAGACGCCAGUCUUAACCGGCAAAAUCACAUCGCCGAGGUCUCAACCGACACCCAAUGCCAACAAUGAGUCAUAUGUCGGUUUGCUCAGUCCCUUAACAACUAUACGAACACCUUCAGGAUCACUUGAAAAGGAGCUACUACACAUGGUGGAAUCUGCUUGGAAGUCAACAGCGCCAAAGCGCGAUAUCGUAUGCCCGAAAAAGGGCAAACAAGUAUUCCUCAAAAUCCUCACCACACAAUUAGUAUCUGGAACAAUCAUUGGACGUGGAGGCAAGGGAUUUAACUGGUUUAGAAGAAAGAGCAAAAUCGACGAUAUACUUCUAUCAAUGCCAUGGGAACUAUACCCAAAGACCGACCUAAGAACAAUGUUUUUAGAAGGAACUACAGCAGCAAUAAUAAAGGCAACUUGUAUUAUUGCAGAUCUCAUGGUUUGUAAAUAUGCAGCACAAAAUGCAGCAACAGUAUCUCAAACGGAUAAAAUGUUAGUAAUGGCAGUAUUGCCGCUAUUCGCAAAAUCGGCAAUGGAGAGGAUAAGGGAUGCAUCAGAUCCUGAUAUGCUCUCAAUCUCUCUCUUCCAGAGCAGUACAGAGCGCAAGGAAAUUGUGGCCGUCAUAAAAGGGGUGAAACACAAAGUUAAGGCACUUGUUGGAGCCAUCUCUAACUCAGUGGCAGAAACGGUAGAUAUUAAAGAUUAUCGUCAUGUUUCAUACCCAGAACAAGAAGCUUACGCUUCGAAAAUGCUACCAAGUGAAAGGUUGGCACAGCGCAAGGCUGUGAGGAAACUGGUGGAUGCAUUUGAAAAGGCUGAGCUCAUGGCAAAAAGCCUUGAAAAUGAACAAGAAAGUUAUGUAGGUUUAACUGACUCCCAAACGGAGGAAAUCAGUGCAUCGGAAUUAAACGAAACCAUUCAUACUCUCGACGAUAUUGUAGACCCAACCAACACACAGCGUAAUUUGGCCGCGUCGACAGUUGUAUCUGGAAAUAACCCAAAUAUCAAAAGCUACCCAAUUAGUCUCAACUUCAAAAUACCUGCAACAAAAACGGGAGACGCCAUAUCUAUCGCACGUACCUCAAGGUGCUUCUUCACGACGAAAUCGGCGGAUGACCCAAAUAUGAUUGACUUCAGCCUUAGUGGACCCUUCGAGGAAACUGUGGCAGUCGCAUCUUUAAUUGUGUCGGUUAUCUAG